ACAUAUUCGGAGGUGAAUGAAAAUGGCAGAUGGCAGUAUAUACGAAGUGUUAUGAUUUUGCGUCCCGUCAGGACGAAGAAAAGAAGGAUGUGCAAAGUAAAUGUGCAUCGUCAGUUUUUCAUUAGAGAAAGAUCUUGAUAUAUUAAUUAACUGUUCAGAUACUUAUUGUUAUCCGAAUUUAUUUUGAAUUUUCAAAACUAUCGAUUACAGUCCAUAUGCGAUUAUAAGCGCGAAGCGCUUGUCAAAAAUCAAAGGCUAUCUUUAGUCGACGAUUGUACGAGAAAAGGUUAUGAAGCAUUAUAUCGUAUCUGAAUAGACAGAUUCUUUUCUAUGGAGCGUGUUUGAUAUAAAAUAAGAAAUUAAAAUAAAAAAUUGGAGGCUGUUGUCUAUUAAAACAGUGGGUGUAAAAAUGGAGCAGCUGCAGACAGCGCUAACAGCUAUCAAAGUACUUCGUUCGAAUGUUGGACAAGUGUUUGAUUCUCUUGGAAAUGGUUUGCGGGCGGAGCAUGGAGACGAAAAUAAAGAAUCAAAGUAUUUAUUAGAGUUACAGGAAUUAUUGACUACUGUGAAUCAUAACUUGAGGGAUGUAGAACAGGUGAUAAGUAGUUUAAAUCCGCCACCAGGUCCAUUUAAUUUAGCUAGCACAACAUAUCUUAGUCAGGAAACGACACAAGAAAGACAAGCGCUUUAUAGUACACUUGUCAAUUGUUAUAAGUGGACAGAUAAGAUUCACGAGUAUAGUAAUGUUGCUUAUACAUUGCUCAAUCAAAAUUCGCUAAAGAGAUCUUAUAUGGUCGCAAGUAGAACAAAGAAGGCAAGACCGUUCUACACCAAUAGUCAUAAUGUAUCUCAAGCGCAAGUCGAUUCCAUGCUAUCAACAGUCGAACGGCAGUUUAGUGACAUGACAGUGUCUGUGUCCCGUCCAUUCGCAUCGAAUGCAGUAUUACAUGUUACACUGGGGCAUGUCCUAAAGGCGUUGAUAGCAUUUAAGGGUUUGAUGAUAGAGCGGGUCGUAAUCAAGGGUUACGGUGAAACAAUGGAUUUGUGGACGGAAUCUAGGCAUAAAGUCUUCCGCAAAGUGACGGAGAACGCGCACGCGGCGAUGCUGCACUUCCAUUCGCUCGCAUUACCCGAAUUAGCAGUGCGAUCAUUUAUGACAUGGUUACAUGGUCUAAACAAUUUAUUUAGCGAACCUUGCAAACGCUGUGGCUUGCAUUUGCACAGCGCACUUCCUCCAACUUGGAGAGAUUUUCGGACUUUGGAGCCUUAUCAUCAGGAAUGCAAGCCGUAAGACACAAGCUCAGUGUCUUGCAUUUCAGUUGAAUAAAUAUGGAUCUUUGCAAGUACUUUAUUAAUAGUAUACAAUAAUGAAGUAUAAUAAUAUUUAAUGCCUAUAUUUUUUGUCCAAAAACAUUCAUCGACCGGAAUAUUAUAUAUGCCAAUGUGAUAUGAAAAUUUUUAAUGAAUAAUAAUAAAACACUCCUAUCUAUUUCAAUA